AUGACAGAUGUUGAUGUUGUGGACGAGGAUAUUAAUUUUGAAGAAAUGUUUCCUAAAUAUAUUUAUGAUUAUAAUUCAUAUAUUAUAAGUGAAAGACUUAAUCUAGCUUUCAAAUAUGUACCAGUGUGUAAUGAGAUUAAUAAAAAGAUAAACCCUAAUGGUUGGAAGAAUCAAUUAAAUUUUACGCCGGAUUGCAGGAAUCUUAGUCUCUUUUUACAUCAUAUAAAAAAUAUUAGUGAAAAUGAGAAAAAAGCGAGGUGCAAAUAUUUCAAUUAUAAGCUAAAGGAUCUAAUUACAAAAAAUAAAUGUACCUGUAACCCAGUGUCAAAAUGUUACGAAAAUAUGAUAGCGGAAAAGGGAGCUUAUAUGACGGUGCCUAACAUAUGUAAAACCUAUGUUGAUGAUCUUCCAAUUCUGGAUGGUUAUUCAUUUACAGUAUUCCAACAUCUCGAUGAUCUAUAUAAUGUUAUUUUUCAUAUAAAUAUAGAUAAAAAUAAAUGUCAUUUUUAUAAUAAUUUAUUUUAUAAAUAUAUUACAGUAUUAAGAAAUUAUACAUAUGAAAAUAAGAAAAUACAUAGUAAUUUAAUUGAUAAAGUUAUAUUAGAAUUUCAAAAGGUUUGCAGUGGCUAUGUAACACCUCCAGCAGGUUUUGAACUUGUAAAACGUGAAUCUGAAAAUCAUAAUACUUUGAACCAUAAAUCUGUGAAAUCUGAAUCUGUUAUAUCAACGGCCGGGAACCCUGAUCGCAUUUUCAUUAAACAUGAGAAUCAUGAUGCAUUAUAUGAUUCCUCUGGGACCAGUACAGGGAUAAGCACGGGUGUGGUAAUUAUAACAUUUUUAUUAAUGUCAUUCCUUUUGUACAAGUAUACCCCAUAUGGGUCAUUGAUACAAAUGAAAGUAAAGAAGUUAAUGAAAUGUUUAAACAAUGAAAAUGAAGAUGAUGUAAACUUAAUAGAAUCAUUUGAACGAAAAUACAAAAAUUCAAUUGAUGAAAGUUAUAGAAUAGCUUAUACCACUGAAGAUUAUUAUGAAUAA